GUCUCAAAUAUAGACUGGCCCCAGCCGCCGCCAACAACGAACUACUCACAACUAGACCAACAAUAAUACAAUCACGUUUCAAGAUACAACUGUCUGUUAUCACUAAAAAUGGCUGAGCGAUUACACCAUAAUCGACUAACACAAGCUCCUGUCGAUCUAAAUGUGCUGUGCAAAACUGUGUUUUAUGUGGUGUAAGUGAGUAGUGUUUCAAAAAUGUCAUCGGCUUCGUCCAUCGCGGGAAGAAAAUUGGUUCUAAGCACACUUCUUGAGACUGAUCACUACGAAAGCCUUAUCAAGGAGCUGACAUGUACAAAAUGCAAUAAAUAUAUGAAGCCACCGAUAUAUCUAUGCGUGGAUGGACAUAGUAUAUGUGGGCCGUGCUACGAGAAGAGCUACCAGUGUCACAUAUGCCAAAAAGAAUUCGCACUGAUCCGACCAAUGUCACUGGAGUCGCUAGCUAACAAAGUGCUAUUUCCUUGCACCAACGCCGGCUGUCCGAAGCACGCCACCAUUUCUCAGCUGGAGAAGCACACGCCCAGCUGCCAGUUUCGGAUCAUCAACUGUUUUAUGGCCAGGGUUUAUGGUAAUUGCGCGUGGGAGGGUCGAGCUGGUGACUGGAUGGACCAUUGCUUCGCGGAUCACAAACAGAAAGUAAAAGAACUACCUUUUAUCACUGUGAAAGAUAAGUGGGACGCUAAGAGGACGGAACCUGUGCUCAAUUAUUUCCUGUUAAAAUGUUUUGAUAGGAUAUUUAAUGUUUACCAGAUUUAUGACAAGAGAGGAGGUAGGAUGAUGUGGACUGUCUUAGUAAAUGACGAACAGGCUGAUAAGUUUUACUUCGAGGUAGACAUAUUUCUACCAAAUCUUCCAAGCAAAAAGAUUGUUUAUAGGCGUCCAUGCAAGUGUGAAAAGGAUGCCGAUUUUCUAGAGCACACUCAAAAUGUGUACAUUCCUGUUGAAAAUAUUUUCUCGAUGCUCGAUGAAAGCGAGUCUGUUAAUUUUACGGUUAGAAUCGGAGAGGUUGAAAGUCUGGCAUUGUUGGAGACGCCUGCUACAAGCGAAAGUUUUAUUCGGCUCAACGAUGAAGAUCACAAAGAGGAUUAAAUAAUGUAAUACAAUUUAAAUAAUUAAUUUUGUA